ACCGCAGAGUAGCCAGCAAGGCUCCGCCGGGCUCCGCGAGGCUUGGUGUCAUCACACGGUCACUUUGCGCCCUGACAUGUGAUGUGACACACACACACACACACACACACACACACACACACACACACACACACACACCCGAACAGACCGAGCCCAGCCUCCACGCACCGACCUGCUCUUCUCUGCGUCCCCGAACCACACUGAGAUGGAGAUGUCAGCAGCUGCAGGUAGCCUGGGUAUGUCUGGUCACCGUCAGCGCUCAGUGAAGAGAAGGAGGUGGGGAGGUUUGAGGCAGCAGUGGAAGCUUCUGGGCUUGUUUGAGAUCGAUCAGCAGCAUGAGUUCUACAGCCUGACUUGCAUGAUGAAGGAGGGAUUGGCAGCAGCCACCCAAAACACCAUUGACAAUGCACCCGCAAAUGAGCUGUCAGAUGAUGAUUUCAGAUUAAAGGUCACUCAGAUUCAUAAGGAUUUUACAAUGGAGACGUUUGCAGGCCCGGUGUUUUCCAGCCUGCGUGGCUCUUUAGGAAUGACAGAGCAGGAAUAUCAGCAGUCUCUCUGCUCUGAAAACUGCUACCUCCAGUUCAUUAGCAACUCCAAGAGCAAGGCCGACUUCUUCCUGACAAAUGAUAAACGCUUCUUUUUGAAGACCCAGAACAAAAGGGAAAUCAAAUUCCUUCUGUCCAACCUGAAGAUCUACAUGGAACAUCUGAGGAAAUACCCCCAUUCAUUGCUGGUCAAGUUCCUAGGUGUUCACAGGAUCAAAAUCCCACACAGGCGUAAGAAAUACUUCAUUGUUAUGCAAAGUGUGUUUUAUCCUGAUGAUCGAAUCAUUGCCAGGUAUGACAUUAAGGGCUGUGAGGUGAGUCGUUGGACGGCGCCUGCACCAGAGGGAAGCCAGAUUAUUGUGGUUCUCAAAGACCUCAACUUUGAAGGCCAGUCCAUCACUCUGGACCAGCAGCGUCCCUGGCUCCUGCGGCAGGUGGAGAUCGACACACACUUCCUCCGGGGGCUCAACGUGUUGGACUACAGUCUCCUCGUGGCCCAUCAGCCCUUACACCACGAUGAACGCCACCAGAGUCUCUCCUUCGCUACUCUAAUUAUGAGAACCAAAAAAUCUGUGAAUCCAGGCUCCACCCCUAUCCACGCAGGCACAGCUGCUGUGCCUGGGUCAGUCCCAGAAGAGGACUCCACCUUACUGUUGUGUAAAACAGAUGGCAGCUGUUUGAUGCAAUCACAAGCAGACGUUGCAUCAAGUGGUGACACGCUUCAAAUGUACCCAGAGCAUGCAGAGCCAGGCAGUGACGCAGCUGAGCUUCCUGACUUCCAAGCCCAAAACCGACGUUUGCUACCCAACUUAAAGAAUCCUCUGCACAUCAUUGAUGGGCCUGAGCAGCGCUACUUCAUCGGCAUCAUUGACAUUUUUACAGUUUACAGUUUUAAGAAGAGGCUGGAGCAUUUGUGGAAGAGGCUGAGACAUCCAGGCCGAUCCUUCUCUACCGUCAGUCCACAGACUUACUGCCUCAGGCUAAGUCACUGGGUACAGGACCAUACUAAGUAGGCCCUGGAUGAGUGGUGGAGACUUAACCACCAACUCUCAAUGAGCAUGUCUAAACAACUAAAUGGUCAACCAAAGUCCACACACAUGCACACAUAUGAAACAAGUUUAUCUACAUUUGUUCCAUGGUUCCAAUCCUUUUAUUUUUCCACAUGCUCAAAAUACAUCUAUGGCAUUAUAUUUGUGUAAUGUAGACAUUUUGAGCACAGAAAAAUAUUUUUUUUUUCUCAAAACAGUCACAAAACAUUGAGACUGGUAACACAUAAACUGAAGUUUGAUUUGAACAUACAAAAAAGGAUUUUCUACUUAGUAAAUGAAUUGGUGCGUUUUCCUUGCUGCAGCAGACAUAUAAUAAAUAGUUCCUUUUGUAAAACAGCUAAAUAAACAAGACAAAUUGCAAAUGCGUUUUAACUCACUUUGUGUCCAACUUUAAGAAUUUGGUUACCAAUCUCCCGGUACUUACCCAGUGAUCGGUAAUCCUACUUGUAAUCAAAUCUGACAAAAACAUAAAUUAUGGACGCCAAUUUUCUGUUUGGCUGAAAUUAUGAAAGCAUAUACUGUAGCAAGGAUGUUGAGAGAGCAAGAAAGCCACUAUUUGAAAGUGCAUAGAGCAGGGAAUUUAAACAAGGCAAAAUUUGUCAAACAAAUUAAUAUUGUGAGUUUAUGUGGAUAACGGAAAACCUGCAAUUAUAUUUAUUGAGCUCACAAUUUUUAUCAAAAACGUUCCGUUUUCGAAAUGUUUCAUUGUGCACUCAUACAUUUGAAACAAAUGUAAUUCCAUAGCUGGCAUAUUUUUCUUUCAGAGCAGUUUUUUCCAAAUACUGAUCCAAACAUGCCUAGUGUGAUGCAUUAUAAAGAGGAUAGGAAGCUCCUUGCUUAAAAAAAUGUGUGUGUGUGUGUGUGUGUGUGUAUAU